CAUUAGGCAAAUGUGACCUACGUUUUCAAGAUACCAGCUAAUAAUACUGCAGGGGAAGCAAAAACAAUAUGGAUGGCUUAAUUGAACAGAAUAGUGUACUAAUGCACAGUAAAAUCAGUGAAGCUGGAAAAAGGAACGGCUUAAUUAACACCAGAAACUUAAUGGCAGAGAAUAGAGAUGGCCUGGUAUCUGUUUACCCAACACCCCAGUAUCAGACUCACAUAGUGGGGAAUAUCUCAUCCCAGAGCUGCCUAGACAACAGCAGGAAUGAUCCAGUGCAGCAGUUACUGGAUCCCAAUACACUUCAACAGACUGUGGAGUCUCACUAUCGUCCCAACAUCAUCCUGUACUCGGAGAAUGUGCUGCGUUCCUGGGGGGAGAGUGGGAGCUCAGACUGCUGUGAGACCACCUUUAUUGAGGACCGCUCACCUACCAAAGAUAGCCUGGAGUAUCCUGAUGGGAAAUUCAUUGACCUUUCCUCAGAUGACAUCAAGAUCCAUACUCUCUCCUAUGAUGUAGAAGAAGAAGAAGAGUUCCAGGAACUAGAGGUCCUUGAGAGUGACUAUUCGAGUGACACAGAGAGUGAGGACAACUUUCUGAUGAUGCCGCCACGGGAUCAUCUGGGGCUCAGUGUUUUCUCCAUGCUCUGCUGCUUCUGGCCUUUGGGAAUUGCUGCCUUUUAUUUGUCCCAUGAGGUUUAUCUUGGGUCUUAA